AUGGUUGCUCUUCUUUUUGCAUCCCGUGUGACAAGUUCAGAAGAACUAUCAGAUAAUGAGUGGAGGAAACAUCUCUCAGAUGUUAGCAACAUAGACAAGGUCAAGAAUGCUUCUGAAAUUGUGAACCGUUUUAGUGCAAUUGGAAGAACAGCUAUCCCUUACUUGAGAGACUGUGAUGAAAUGUUUCGAACAGGCCACACACACAGUGGUCUUUACGUAAUACGCCCUGACAACACUCGCAAACUUGUGGUCCAGUGCUACAUGGAUGGAUGUGAUGGGUGGACAGUGAUCCAGAAGAACAGCGACAACACUGAAAUCACUUGGUCAGAAACCUGGACAACCUAUCAAUAUGGGUUGGGCAACUUGGAGAGUGAUCACUGGCUUGGCACUGAGUACAUCAGCAACAUUACCCGGCAGAAAUGGUACAAAGCCAGAAUUGAGUUAGUGGAUGCGAUAGGUAAUCAUAGAUAUGCAGAAUAUGACAGCUUUCUCUUGGGAAAUGAAGACGAUGGUUACAGGCUGAGGCUAGGGACAUACGAAGGUAAUGCAGGGGAUUCUCUCACUUCCUCACAAACCAAAAAUCUGCAUGACAACAUGAGGUUCUCAUGUAAAGAUAAGGAUUUUGACAGAUCAACUGUACAAAAUUGUGCUGAUGUCCACGGUGGGGGUUGGUGGUAUGACUCCUGCUUUGAUGCGCAGUUAAAUCGCAAAGGUGGUAUUCACUGGGGCACUCUAUGUGAUGAGAACUGUAGGAAGUCAGUUAUAAUGCUGAAACCUAUCCAUAUGUAUUGUAGCAGAGUUUAGAACGUACUGU